UCAGCACACACAGUCUCAGUGAGCUCAAGAUAAGAGUAUAUUCACAGAGAAGAGAUAUCUAGAGCGUGUGUGUGUGAGAGAGAGAUAGGCAUUCGUUCGAUCUCGAUCGAUCACAGCUAGCAAUGGCAGCGCCGACGUCCAAGAACCUUCUCCUCGUCCUCGUCGUGGCCGCCACCGCGGUCGGCAUCGUCGCGCCGCACGGCUCCGAGGCCGCGGCGGGUAGGGCUGUCACGGGCCUCGUCACCGGCGUAGUCCCGUGCAGCGCCGGGAGCUCCAUCAACGCCGCGUCGGUCCCCGCGUUCCCCGACGCCGGCGUGCAGAUGGUGUGCGGCGGCAGGGUGGUGGGCGGCGCGACGGCGGACGGCACGGGGGCGUUCACCAUCAACAUGGGCGCGCUCAACGCGACGAUGCUCAUGGCCAUGGCCGGGAACCAGUGCAAGGUGGUGGUGACCACCCCGCUGGCGGCGUGCGACGCGUCCCUGGCCGCCGUCGCCGGGACGCUCACGGCGCCGGUGCAGCUCCUCGGCGGCACCGGUGGCCUCGGAGGGCUCGGCGGCCUCAUCACCCUCAUCACGCAGAUCCUCAGUGGCCUCCUCGGCGAGAUCCUCAACAUCAUCCCCUUGCCAUUCUCCCUCGUCUAGAUCGAUCGAUCAUCGAUCGCCUGCGCACAAACCUGCAGCCAGGCGGCGGCGUGUCAAAUGGACGAUGGAUUAUGAUGAUAUUAAUAUGUAGUUAAGCAUAUAAAUUAAAUUAAUACGUGUUUAUAUAUAGCAACGGGGCGGCCUAACUAAUGCGUGGUCAAUUAAUUACCCUGCUGCUUUAGAUUGUAUAUCGUGCCAUGCGUCGUUUCUCUAUGUAUACCAGUUCAUGUGGGCUUCUAAAAUUAUGCUAUAUAUGUACUGUCUAAUACUAUGCUAAUGUUGUUCGUUUGUCAAAA